GUAUGAUCGGCCAUAUUGAAACGCGAACGUGUUGAGGAAGUUCUUCAGUGAGAGUCUUGCACGUCUCGUCGCAGUCCCAUUCAGUCAUCAGCGACAACGUCGUGUCAUUCAACCAUCUAAAGCAGCUACCAUAUUUGUGGUGUUAUCUUCUGAUGAGCUUACUUGGUGGCGGCAUGUUUUGGAGAUUCAACAUGCAUGCCGGUGCGGCCAUUGACGGCCUUUUGGACAGAGAGGACUGCACUUUGACUGAUCUCCUCAAUGAGGAUGAUGUUCUUCAAGAGUGCAAGGCAAACAACAGAAAACUGAUUGAUUUUCUUAUCGAUCAGAAAGUCAUGGAAGAGAUGGUACAUCUGGUUGUCACAGAACCAGAGGAGGAUCCCGAUGGCAAAUUUAAAUACAAGCAUUCAAGCAUGGCCUGUAAUCUUCUCACCUCGGAUGUCAUCCAGAUUGUUGACAAGCUAGCAAGUGAGACAAGUCUCUUAGAUCAAUUGUGGUCAUUUCUUGACACAGACAAGAGUCUCAAUGCUCUUUUGGCAGCGUAUUUUAGCAAAGUCAUUGCCACGUUGCUGAAGGCAAAAACGGAAAUAAUGUUGGAAUAUAUUCGAGGUAAAGCCAAUGCAAUUCAACUGUUUCUAGAUCAUAUUGAUACAUCAGCAAUUAUGGAUCUUGUGCUUGUUCUGACGUCUUGCUCUGAGGUUCCUGAACAGAAAGCUGAGCUCAUGUUGUGGCUGGAGGAAGAGAGACUGAUUCCACGUCUUGUAGAUCUCAUUGAUCCUUCAGUAGAUGAAGCCAGACAGAGUAAUGCAUCACAGACACUGUGUGAAAUGCUUAGAAUGUGUAGAGAGAAUGGACUUCUUCAGCCAGCUGAUGUGAAUCAACCAGAUCACCUUCUGUGCAUGCUUGAAGAUCCAUCCCUUGUUUCUCAGCUGCUGUCCAACAUGUUAAAGUCAUCAGAUACUUAUUAUCCUCUCAUCCUUGGCAUCACCUACAUCCUCACUCUCCUUGAGCCACGGUCUCAAGUCUCAGAGGAUAGUCCGUUAGGAUUCACUAUCUUUGUUCCUGAAAAAUCUGUGCCUGCUGCCACAAAUGCGGGUGCUAUCGUUGAAGUUAUUAUUCCUUUUCUUCCUAAAUUUCACCAGAUGUUGGAGUCUCCAGCUAGCAUGCUUCCCGUGGAGCUAACCAUUGGGACACUUGAUCCUCCUUUUGGUAAUGCAAGGCUGCAAAUUGUGAGGCUUAUUGUAGCUCUUUUAGUCACAGAUGUUCCAGAUGUUUACACACAGCUGGCCCAGCUGAAUACAUUGAAAGUGCUUCUGGAUCUCUUUUUUCAUUAUGAUCUCAAUAACUUUUUACAUCUCCAGGUAGAGCUGGCAGUCAAGACUGUCCUAUCAUCUCCUGUAGCAUUGGACAACAAUGAUUCUGACCACAACACAUCAUUGUUUGCUUCGCUCUUUCAAGAUUGUCGACUUCUCCAGCGUAUUGUCUUAGCGGGUGAGGAAGAUGUUCUCUCACAGAACCAGCGAGGAGCAAGAAGGAAGGGCUACAUGGGUCACCUAAAUCAGAUUGCUGCUGAUAUAUUGAAGGAAGGCGAUGUGCAGCCAAGAAUCAAGGCAGCCAUUGAAGAGUUGACUGAAGAGGAUCACCAACUGUGGACGGACUUUGUUAUGGGACCAUAUGCAGAAGUACGCCGGAAGAAUGAUAUGGAUCUUGGAGGCAAACGUCCACUCAUGUCUUCCUUUGACGAAUCUGGUGAGGAAGAUGAUUUUUCAACGCCCACAUUUAAUAGGCAAGGGAAUGCGCAAGACUCAAGUUUAGCACAAGAAUACACACACUACCAGAUGCAGCAGAUGAGUAGUGAGUUUGUUGAGUCGUUUGGACUUGACGACGAAGAGUUCCCAACAUCUGAGGAGUCGACAGCAGCAAAAUUUGAUCGAAUACAGUAUUUCGACUUCUCCAUUCCUUCAGAAGAAGACAACUCCGGAGCUGCCCUAUUUGAAGCUUGCUGUCAUGAAAGAAUUCAACCAUAUGGUGAGUUGGAUGAAGAUGAAGUUUGGCAAGAGAAGGAACUAACAUAUGCAGAGACGCCAACUCAAGAAAGGAUGGCAACCGGACGAAUGGCAAACACAGCUCAUUAUGGAAAUACGAGUAGUGAAGAUGAAGCAUUUUGUCAUGAUGAAAGAGAGGUUAACAAUCAGAGUGACAGAUCUUUUUCUACACAUAUUACUAUCACACCAAGCAAGGAUGAACCUGAUGAUGAUGAUAUGGAAAUCGAAUUUGAGAUGAUGAAUUGGCCUCAAAAGAGUGAAGAUGACAGCAGUCGAGAUCAACAAAUUGCCAUAGAUGCUGACAUCCCAGAUUGGGCACGAGAGCCAAUUACUGCUCAACAGGAAGCAGGAUGGGCUGAUUUUGAUAAUCUAGGCGAUUCACCCUUUGAUAAUGAUAUAGCAAUGAUGUCGUCAGCACAGCAGUCGCCGUCUUCUUCAAAGUACACUGCAGAACUAGCAGAGGAACUGAUGGGAAAGGUAGAUGACACAGAUCAGGGUAAUGGUGAAGUAGGAACAGAUGAUGAAUCAGAUGAAUCAGAUGAUCGGAGUGGAAGUUACUGUUUUGUCACUGAAGAGGAAGGAGGUGAGGCUCUAUACAACAAUCCAGAGAAUCAUUCACCCAUAACAACCAGCAACCAUUCAGAGCAAGAUGAUGAAGCUGAUGCAGAAUUAGUUGAAGUUAACAUAGAGAUGGUCAAUGACAUCACGGAUGAUCAUAUAGAUUCACAUAAUCCAAGCACAAAAGAUAGUCAAAAUGCAGAUGCAUUGAAUGACCUACCAGAUUCAAGACCAACAUCUACUAGUGGCACUGAAGCAACACCGUGUGCCAUAUCAACAAGUGAGGACAUGGGCCCUAUGGUUGAAGCAAGACAAACCCCUGAUGAUGACAACUUAGUACAAAACUACACUUUUCUUUCGAAUAGUGGAAUGAUGAAGACGGCAGAUAGCGUGUCCAGUGAUGCACAGGAGGAAAAAAUUGGGGACUCACAAGGGGUUAGUGGGAAUAGAGAUAUUGAACAGGCUAGGGAGAAGGCUAGACAAGCAAUGGACUUGUAUGACACUCACAGGGUUAGCAAUGAAACUGACACUAACUAGACAUAAGGAGGUUGUAUAGUACCUCAUUGUUAUUGUCAUAGCUUGAAUGUACUUCCUGUAUUCCGCAUUUUGGAGUCACAUUCACUGUAUUUUUGGUUGGGGGAUAGUCAAGUUGUCGCUUUGUAUGAUUAGCUAUGUAAACAGUAAAUGUCUCAGGUGAUGUGUA